AUGUUCGGUGACAAGUUUUCGAUUAUUUUUAUAUUUUUUGGAUUGUUCUGCAAUAUUGUGGGAAGAAAUGCAGAAGCUUCAAGAAAAAUUGUUAAUGUAGAUGAAAAAAAUUUUGGAAAUUUUGACGUAUUGAACGUUAAAGUUAAUAAACAAGAUGGUAAAACUGAAAGCAAAAAAAUUGUCAUUGUUAAUAUUGAUAAUUUAAAUUUGACUGUUGAUUCUACAAGAGGAGGAGUUUGGAUUUAUUUAAAAAACGUAACUAGCCCUGAAAGCAAAAAGAAGAUCAAUAUCUUAAUCAACGACAUAGUCGUAGUCCUCGACACCAGGAACUACGUAACUUUGUCUAUAAAAAGCACCAAGAGCAUCAACAACAAUAACAACAACAACAACAAUCAGAUAAUCAUGAACGGCAAUGACUUAAUUAUCAACUUCAAUAAUGGCAAUGUCUUCGUCAGCUCUAAUGACAUUAAUGAUAUCGACAUCAACUUCCACUGGGAUAGCGCUGCGUUUUCUACUACUAUUGGCGAAAAUUUGGAAAUAAUUUUCUGA